CACGACGUCACCACGCAUCUCUUCCAAACAAUGCUCAGGAAAAAGCCACGUUGACGAUCCAGACUUGAGUGUAGUCCACAUUUUCAGGCAGAAUAAAGCGGGAACAGCUUUAAAAUUGAGGCUCAGCUCGGUUUCCGCAGCAGACCCCCACAUCUGAGCAGGCAGCAUGUCAUCGCCGCCGAAGGAGAAAAUCGAAACCAAAGGCGGUCAUCUCCCUGCAGUAAAGGCAGGCGGUAUGAGGAUAGUGCAGAAGCACCAGCCAACUCCUGCUCCAGAACCACCGCAGAAAGAUGACAGCGAGGAGUACAUCAGCAGCAGUCCACCGAGGGCCCCUGUGAUUGUGUCUGGAGUGGUUACAAAGGGUGAUAAGGACUUCACCCCAGCUGCUGCCCAGGUGGCCCACAACAAGCCCCUGCCUGGUGUCCCCAAGCUUCCCCCUGCCCAGCACAUCAACCAGCACAUCCACCAACCCCGCAAGUGAGCCAGGCACCAAUCUACAACCAAGCCACCAAGCUACUAACUCCACCAGCCGGCCUUCCAAAUGGAACAGAUAGGAUGAAGACGGUUCCCCACCAGGCACAGAUCUCCUCUAAAUAAAAAGAGAAAUCAUACAUUUUGAGAAAUUAGUCAGUAACGAGACACCUGAAGUCAGUAACGCUUCAGUGCAAGUCCCACUUUUAAUACCACUGCUGCAUUGGUGCCGCUCUAGUAGCUUUGCACUCUCCUUUUGAAGGAUUAUUUUCCACUUGAAUAAGUCUUGAGGUGAUGUAAACCGGUGAAGUCUUCUUGAAUUGUUCUCUUCUCUCUUCUCAAAAAAAAGAAAAUCAAGUAUAAACAGAGAAACCGAUCUCAGAUCUGAGUCUGUUUGGGGAACUUUGACAGCAUCCAGUUAAUCACAGCAACCUAUCAAUCAGCCUAUUUAACCCAACCAAGCCCACGAUAGGAUCCUUUGAUCUUCACAAAAGAACCAAUCAACAAGUCAGGAGGUGGAUCCCUGUUUAUCAACCCUCCAAACCAAAAAAAAACCUCACAGAAAGCAGCUUUUGAGUGUAUAAUUCAGCAGCUUUGACAAGAGAAAGUACGACUAGCAAAUUACAUGACAGCAAUAACCAAUCGUUAGCGCAUUAGUGCUUAAUUGCAUUCCAUUUGACCUUGUCAACAUAUUAUAUAUUAAUGGUAGAAAUGUCUAAAAGAAUAAGCGAUGUAAUGUUUGAUUGGCCUUCAUUUGAAAUUUUUGAAUAUAUUUAAAUAUUACAGAAAUGUUUGCUGUAGUGAUGCCAUUACCCAAGAAGCUUUUUGCUUAUGCUUGAUGUCAUCAGUCAAAAUGCUGACGAAGCUUCUGAGCCACAGUCGAACCUGUUGAGCUUUUAUCACCGUUUCCUCCCAGUGUGACCGUUCUUACCUUUAUUUAACAGAAAGGAGCCCCUCACAGUUGUUAUCAGCCUCAGCUGUAUCGGUAUUUAUCGUUUCCCAAAAACGUAACCUGUUCACAGUAAAACUCUACCAUCGGUGCCUCGUCGCUGAGAUUUUGAAGAUGCGCAGGCUCAUCGGUCUCAUGUUUAUUUGUUGCAGAAUGAAAGUGCAGCGAAAUAUGUAAUGAAACUUAAAGAGUAGCACCGGCUGCGGGAUGCUCUGUGACUGCAUUAACAUUAGCCCAGAUAUCACAAGGGACUUAAUUACAAGGGGAACAAAGCAUUACAGAGAAGCAGUCGAGCAAAGAGCGAGGCAUUAAACUGUCAGAUGAAGGUGAAAAUGGGAACAUUAAAGGAGAACAGCACAGGUGUAACAAAAAAGAGCAGUUUCUACAUUCCAUACAAAAAGCGUCGAAGCAAAGACAUUUCAACCACGCGACUGUUUAUCGGCGUACGACGAAGAUGCAGCGCGUUUGUCGUUACAUGGCUCAACGCGUGUCAGAAAUGUGUACAACCUCCCGAAACUCCAGAUUGGGUUUCCCGAGAGCGAUAUGCUUUAAUACACACAGACACACACAAACACACAACACCCUUUUCCUUAAAACCCACUUGCGCUCUAGUGUUAUUUGUUGCAACACUAAUGUUCAGGUUUCCAGGAAAGAAACAAAGAAAAUGAUGUUGCCAAGAAGAAGAAGUGAUUUCCUCUGUUAAUUUAAUUCAGUUUCAAUUUUUUUUUCUUCUCAGUAUUUUUUCUUGAAUUGUUCAAAUUGUAAAAAGUAAUUGAGUGGACUUAGGCAUUAGGUAUGGUUGUCAUAGUAAAUAAAGAUAUAGACUAUCUUGAAAAACAA